CAUACCGUUUGCCUGCUGAGGCUUCUCCGGGUUGAAGCUCCACUUCAGAGGCUCGGCUCCUGCACCAUACGCCGCUCUUCAUCUUUAUGUUUCACCUUCCCCCAAACGUUAACGUUACCUAAGUCACGAAAGAAUAAGAUGCCUUUGCCUGUGCAAGUCUUUAACUUUCAGGGGGCUGUGGAGCCCAUGCAGAUUGAUGCAGACCCUCAAGAGGACCAGCAAAAUGCUCCUGACACCAAUUACAUAGUGGAGAACCCAACACUGGAUUUAGAGCAGUAUGCUACCAGCUACAGUGGAUUAAUGCGCAUUGAGAGGCUCCAGUUCAUUGCAGAGCACUGUCCUCAGCUCCGAGUGGAAGCCCUGAAGAUGGCCCUCACCUUUGUCCAAAGAACUUUCAAUGUCGACACUUAUGAGGAGAUUCACCGCAAACUCACAGAGGCCACACGGGAAGUACAAGGUGUUCCUGACACAGUGCCUGAGGGUGGCAUUGUUCCUCCUCCUCUGGACUCAGCCUGGGCAGAGUCCACCAGGAAAAAGGCUCUGCUCAAACUGGAGAAACUGGAUACUGAUCUCAAAAACUACAAGGGCAACUCAAUCAAAGAGAGCAUUAGGAGAGGCCACGAUGACUUAGGAGACCACUACUUGGACUGUGGUGACCUCAGUAAUGCCCUCAAGUGCUACUCCCGUGCCAGAGACUACUGUACCAGUGCAAAGCAUGUCAUUAACAUGUGUCUGAAUGUCAUCAAGGUUAGUGUUUACCUCCAGAACUGGUCCCAUGUACUGAGCUAUGUCAACAAAGCAGAAUCUACGCCAGAGAUCGCAGAGCAAAGAGGGGAGCGUGACAGCCAAAAUCAAGCAGUCCUCACCAAAUUAAAGUGUGCUGCAGGUUUGGCAGAGUUGGCCUCUCGAAAAUACAAACCAGCUGCCAAGUGCUUCCUGCAGGCCUCCUUUGACCACUGUGACUGUCCAGAGCUUCUGUCACCCAGUAAUGUAGCUGUGUAUGGAGGUUUAUGUGCUUUGGCCACAUUUGACAGACAGGAGCUUCAACGCAACGUCAUCUCUAGCAGCUCCUUUAAGUUGUUUUUAGAGCUGGAGCCUCAGAUUCGUGACAUCAUCUUCAAGUUCUAUGAGUCCAAGUAUGCGUCUUGUCUCAAGCUGUUGGAUGAAAUGAAGGAUAACCUGCUGUUGGACAUGUACUUGGCUCCCCAUGUGAAGACACUGUACAGCCAGAUCAGGAACAGAGCUCUGAUUCAGUAUUUCAGCCCAUACGUGUCAGCAGACAUGACUAAGAUGGCUCAGGCCUUCAACACUACAGUGGCGGCUCUAGAGGACGAGCUCACCCAGCUCAUACUGGAGGGACUCAUCAACGCUCGCAUUGACUCACAUAGCAAGAUCCUGUAUGCAAGGGAUGUGGACCAGAGGAGCACCACCUUUGAGAAAUCUCUGCAUAUGGGCAAAGAGUUCCAGAGACGAGCCAAAGCCAUGAUCCUCCGAGCUGCCGUACUCCGCAACCAGAUCCAUGUCAAGAGUCCCCCCAGAGAAGGCAGUCAGGGCGAACUGACACCAGCCAACAGCCAGACCCGUAUGAGCACCAACAUGUGAGGACCAGGUCCCUUUCAAAGCUGCAUGGUGACCGCUGACAACAGCCGUAGAGCAGACGGAGGCCAGGGGGGAUCACCCCAAAACAUUCACCAACAGCACCCACACCUCCUCUGUCUGACGCUGAACACACAAUGUACAGACUUGAUCUCUGUUAGUCCUGAGUUGGAGGGGUGGGAUCCCUUUGAUAGUCCAGAGGUAUGGGCUUUGAGUUUAGAUGAAAUGUGAGCAGUUAAGGGGAGGCACUUGUGAUGGAGGUCUCAUUAACAGAAAGAAGCUUUUAAAAUAAAACCACGUUCCAAAACAUCCA